AUGUCAGAUUCUUAUUGAGAGAGUUUGUCAAGAGCUAGGAUGUUUGAAAGUUAGUGUACUGUCUCUGAAUGAACCCCCUGGUUUGGGCUUGGCCACACAAGACUGGAUUGCACUGAUGUAGCCUACUUGUUACAAAGCCUGAGGAAUCAACUUCUUCCGUUCUUUCUCCCAGUGUGUGGGUAUCAACUGACCAUGAUGACAUUGAGAAGGUAGCGAAGGCAUGGGGAGCUCAGGUUCACUGCAGGAGCCCAGAGGUGUCCAAAGACUGCUCCAGCUCGACACCAUCCAGGAAUUCGCCUGAUGAAACCCAGAGGUGGAUGUGAUCUGUCACAUCCAGGCCACGUCUCCCUGCCUGCACCCCUUCCACCUGAAGGAGGCCCUGGAGAUGAUCACUAAGCAGGGCUUCACGUCCGUCUUCUCUGUGGUCCGACAACACCACUUCCGCUGGCAGGAGGUGAAGAAAGGAGGUAGUGUAGCCACCCAGCCUCUGAACUUAGACCCGUCUAACAGGCCCCGGAGACAGGACUGGGAUGGAGAGCUGUGUGAGAACGGAUCUUUCUACAUUUAUACCAGAGCGACGACAGAGAGAGGCCUGCAGGGGGGGAAGUGGGCUUACUAUGAGAUGCUGCCAGAGUACAGUGUGGAUAUUGAUGUGGAUAUCGACUGGCCCGUGGCAGAACAGAGAGUACUGAGGUUUGGUUACUUUGGUCUGGACAAGCCUGAGAUGUUUGGUUACUUUGGUCUGGACAAGCCUGAGAUGUUUGGUUACUUUGGUCUGGACAAGCCUGAGAUGUUUGGUUACUUUGGUCUGGACAAGCCUGAGAUGUUUGGUUACUUUGGUCUGGACAAGCCUGAGAUGUUUGGUUACUUUGGCCUGGACAAGCCUGAGAUGUAUUUCUCUCCAUCAGCCCAGAACAGCAUGAAGACAGAACAGCUAAAAUAUAAUCUGGGAAUCCUUCCUUCCUCAUGGAGCUUUUUGAAGGCUAUGAAAAAGACAUGA